CCGUAACUCUGAUAAGGACAUAGACAAUCAAUGCAUACUUCAGCAUUUUUAUCUCCUUACGUUGUCAUUUACACCGAACUCUAUCUAGGCAUCGUUGAUUACAUUGAGAGGAGCGCGACUGCUUCUCAAUUCUUUCUUUUUUUUCUGAAAAUUUUGAUUCAAACUUCAAUCAAGUGAGACUUGUGCUUAGAAUGUCGGCCAAACAUCGCAUGCUCUUGGUGAACAGAGGUAACUUUUCCACGUACCAGUAGUGUCCGAAUAUUUUCAACGGGCGGGAUUUUUACAAGAACAGCAUUACAAUUUCAUGGAAAUUCACCGGUUAAAACUAUUUUUGUAAGUGCUUCCAUAUCCGAUAUUGAGCAGUAUAAGUUACUUCACAAAUGUUCCCGAGUCGGUGAUUUUAGACAAAAGUACACAAUAUUUUACCUUUACCAAAGUACAAUAGAAGACGGACCUAUCGAAGUAGAGGAGAAAGAAGGGGAGAAUGAAGAGGUUGCAGUAGAAUAAGAACGUGGAUGACUACAAGAAGAGGAAAGGAGAACAAGAACGAAAAACGGAAAAAGGACAACGAAACAGAUUCAGAAAGGCCAGAGAAAGGUAGAGAGAGAGAGAGAGAGCAAGAAAUAAACUUAUCCAUACUACUAACUGCAUGUCAAUUGGUAGGUGUUGAGGUCGAAUAAUACGCUGGUACUGAGAAAAAACAAAAACAAUGAAAGACAGGGUUCUGAGUGCCGAAUGGACCGGGUUUACUGCAAGCGAUGGCUAUCUCAAUGUGGGGACCACGUUCAUUCUGGGUAUCGUCCUCAUCAUCGUCCUACUCGUAAAGAACGCGAGGAGACCACAUCGCUUUCCACCCGGACCCCCAGGCCUUCCGAUCAUCGGAAAUGUUUUCGACUUGACAGCGACCAGCGAAGUAUUAUUCGACAAAUGGUCCAAGGUCUAUGGCGAUGUCUUUAGCUUCCGGGUCGGGGACCGAUGGGUCGUGGUUUUGAAUCAUCAGGAGGUCAUUAAAGAAGCGAUGUUGAAGUACGACGUCGAGUUCAGUGGCAGGCCUCAGUUUUAUUCCGCGGAAAUUGCUUCUGACGGGUUCAAAGACAUCGUCUUCAGCAAUUACUCGGAUACCUGGAAAAUUCAUCGCAAGUUGGCCCAUUCAGCUUUCAGAAAAUUUGCCACAGGACACAAGUUAGAUGAUUUGGUGCACGGUGUCAUUCCUCAAGUACAACAAAUGUUGACAGAGAACAGUGGAAAGCCGUUUGAUCCUAAGCUUAUGAUCACCCUAACCCUCUACAACGUCUUCUCCAAAAUGUGCUUCAGUGAAAGUUAUGACUUCAGCGAUCCUAGGAUGCUGGGAUACAUCACCAUGUCACAGGAGUUAGCGGAGAAGGUCGGGUUUGGUCUGGUUGCAGACUACUUUCCAUGGGCCAGGUUCCUGUCUUACAAUGGUGCCAGCUACAUCCAGAGAAUGAAGCAGAAGUACAUGGAAUGGACCUCACCCCAGCUGCAACGCCACCGUGAGACGUUGGACCCAAAUGAAGCGCGUGAUUUCUGUGAUUUGAUGCUUCUCGCUCAAAUGGAAGCGAUGGACAACGAAGAAGAUCGGAAAAUAUCCCAGAAUCUAUCGGACAUCCAUUUGAAACAAACAGUCAACGAUAUCUUCUUGGCUGGAAUCGAGACAUCGAUGCAGAGGCUCUACUGGGCUAUCGCUCUAAUGACCGAGUACCCCGACGUCCAGGCCAAGAUCCAGGGCGAGAUUGAAGUCGAGAUCGGACGUGGUCGUCAUCCCGUCAUCAAAGACCGCGGUAACCUGCCAUACACGGAGGCGACGCUGUACGAGAUGAUCAGGUAUAGCACCGUGGGCCCAGUAGGUGUACCUCAUGCAACCAUGGUCGAUACCAAGUUCCGUGGAUAUCUGAUACCCAAAGGCACCACUGUUCUUCUAAACCAAUACUCAAUGCACUUCGAUGAAAGAGAAUGGACAGACCCUCAUUCUUUCCGACCGGAGCACUUUCUGGAUGAGAGCGGUACUACCCGGCUGCAUCCAUCCAGCUUUCAACCGUUCGGCACCGGUCGUCGGAGCUGCCUCGGGGAAGCCGUGGCCAAAGCAGAUCUCUUCCUCAUCUUCACCUGGCUUCUGCAGAACUACACCUUUCGAAAGGUUCCGGAAUAUUCCGAGGAGAACCUGCUCAAGCUCCUUCCUGAGACGGCCGCAGGGCGUGUCCUUCAGAAUUACAAAAUCCUCAUCGAGGAGAGAUAAGACCUAAAGCUAGUCACUAUGAUGAGGUGUCCAAAGUUCGCGCAAAUUUAAAGCGGGACUGCACUACUUGUAGCUACUUGCGCACUCUAUAUAGCAAACAAUGCAUAAGCAGUACCCUUGGUUCUCCAUGAUUCCCUUUUU